AUGAGAAACAAUGAAGAAAAAUACCAAUCUGACCUUGAAUUAGAUGAUGAGAAUGACAAAGGAGGGUUAGAUAACAACUCUAUGGAGAAACUUCGUGUAGACGAUGCAACAAGAACGAAAAUAUUCAACGAUUUCUCUAAAACAGUUAAGAUUUAUAAGAACUUGUCUAAAAGUGACGUUGCUGGAGAAACUAAUGAGACACGAGAUAGUGUUGAGAUGAAAGCGAAGGUGGAUCGCAAAGACAUUAGAAGGACCACAAAUGAAUCAUUAGGAUUCCCCACACGAACGCCCACAUCCUCUCAUGUUCCUUCAAUUACUGAUGUUCAACAAACGCCGCGGCCCAACUUCCUCGAGGACCUACCAAAAGCCAAGUCCAAUCGCAUCGUCUCCAUCCUGGGUCUCUUCGAGCUGUCAGUGGGAGAUGCUCCAAGAGCUGAUGGUGUCUCCGAGCUGGUUGCUGCAAGGCUGGCAGUAGACCAUGUUAAUAAACGUGGUCUACUGCCAGGAUACAAGCUGCAUCUUAUUACUAAUGAUACCAAGUGUGACCCCGGAGUGGGUGUGGAUCGUUUCUUCCACGCUCUGUACACGGAAAGGGACUCUCGCAUGGUGAUGCUACUGGGCACCGCUUGCUCUGAGGUCACUGAGAGCAUCGCCAAGAUCGUGCCAUACUGGAAUAUUGUGCAGGUGUCAUUCGGCUCCACGUCACCAGCUCUAAGUGACAGAACAGAGUUUCCCCUCUUCUGCAGAACAGUGGCUCCCGACUCUUCACAUAAUCCCGCCAGAAUUGCAUUCAUCAGACAAUUCGGCUGGGACACCGUAACAGCAUUCUCACAGAAUGAGGAGAUCUACUCGUUGGCUGUCAACGAGCUGGUUACCCAGCUAGAAGCUGCCAACAUCACGUGCGCUGCGUCCAUAACCUUCGCGGAGUCAGACUUCAAGGAACAGCUGCAGCAGCUUAAGGAGCUGGACACCCGUAUCAUCAUCGGCAGCUUCUCACAGGAGAUGAUACCGAAAAUAUUCUGUGAGGCGUUCAGACUGGGGAUGUUCGGCGCGGAGUAUGCCUGGCUAGUAUCGGGCAUGCCCCCGCGCAUCCGCGGCGCCCCGCCCUGUGCCCGCCCACAGCUUGCGCGUGCGCUCGAAGGCUUGGUCACCGUGACUGCGCACAGAGGCAUCGUUGGAGAUGCCGCUUCUAUUUCUGGGUUGACCAAUGAAAAUUUCCACCGAGAAAUGGAAGCGGCUGGAGUUGCGGUCUCCCCCUACGCUCCACAAACUUAUGAUGCAGUUUGGGCCAUAGCCCUAGCGUUAAGCAAAGCAGAACAACUCUGGAGAUCUCUGGGCGACCAGAGCAGUAAUGGAACGAAUGCUACAAGACUUGGACUCAGCCAUUUUGAUUAUGAUAGACAGGAUAUGGCGAAGGAGUUCUUGGAUCAGCUCGCGAACCUUAGUUUUGUUGGAGUUUCGGGUCCCGUCUCAUUCAAUGGAGCUGACAGGAUAGGCACGUCUGCUUUCUAUCAAAUUCAAGGUGGUAGACCCAAGACAGUAGCCCUAUACACCCAUGGGAGGGAGAUGACUUGUACUGAAUGCGCUCGUCCGCAAUGGGCUGGAGGUGUUCCAGCAGCUCGAAGGGUGCUGGUCCUUAGAGUGGACUCCGUGUGGCCUCCUGCUAGGCUUGCAGUUGCUGCCCUUGCUGCAUUGGGUGUUGCCUUAGCUCUAGCCUUCCUAGUGUUCAACUUGCAUUAUAGUAAACGAAGAUCAAUAAAGCUGUCAUCUCCUCGUCUAAACAAUAUGACGCUGAUCGGCUGCGUGUUAGUCUACACAGCGGUGGCACUGCUAGGUGUCGACAAUGCGACCCUACCUUCUUACGUGCCCUUCUCUGCUAUGUGCACUGGCAGAGUCUACAUCCUGUCGGCAGGGUUCUCCUUGGCUUUUGGUUCCAUGUUCGCGAAGACGUACCGUGUACAUAGAAUAUUUAUAAGCAACCGGAGUGGUGUCUGUAAAACCAAAUUGCUGCAAGAUACACCACUGAUAUCGUUAGUAUGUGCAUUACUGGUCAUCGAUGGAAUGAUAGUCACGCUCUGGACGAUGCUGGACCCCAUGGAGAGGCACCUCAAGAACCUGACAACGGAGAUCAGCACGACUGACAGAAGUGUCAUUUAUCAACCUCAGAUAGAAGUCUGCAAAUCUCAAAACACAACAGGAUGGCUUUGUGCCCUCUACGCCUAUAAGGGCCUGCUUCUCAUCGUAGGGGUGUACAUGGCUUGGGAGACCAGAAACGUCAAGAUAUCGGCUCUAAACGACUCCAAGUACAUUGGAAUCAGUGUGUACUCCGUUGUCAUCACCAGCGCCAGUGUGGUGGUUAUUGGAACUAUCAUUUCUGAGAGAGCUACUCUGGCCUAUAUCUCGAUUACAAGCUUGAUUUUGAUAACUACUACGUCUACAUUGUGUUUGCUGUUUUUACCGAAGAUUGUCGCUAUUAGGAGUAAUACUGAAGAAGACCCAGUAAUACAAAGCAUGGGCCUGCGACUAGAAUGUAAGACAAGAAGAUUUGUGACAGAUGAAACUCAAGAACUUCACUUCAGGAUAGAGAUACAGAACAGAGUGUAUAAGAGAGAGGUGGCAGCAUUAGACAAGGAGAUCGGAAGACUGGAGAAACUCCUGGCUGAACCCCUGGACUCAGGGAGUGGGUCGAAUGCAUCUCUUUCUUUGCAUAAACGGACUGAACUAAACACCGUUGAAGAAGAAGGCAUGGCUCACGUAGACGGUGACCGACGCACACCGAGCAUCAGUGGUGGUCUACCGAUGCUACUACUAUCCGUCCUACCACCUGUCAUACCACGAGCCAGCUGGCCAUCUACCGACGCCUUCCGAGGACGAAACUCCGUCAGCUUCAGCUCACAACCAAAACUUAACUACAGGAAGUCCCAACCAGCAAUAGACCUAUACAACCUCUGCCUAAACAAGAGAGAAGAACACACCGGUCUACUCAGUAGAAUAAAGAGUUUCUUCGGCAGCAGUAGACCGACAAGUAGAAAGGCAUCUACCAUGUCAAUAGCGGAUCCUACAGGAGCCAGUAUAGCAGCAGCACUCAAAAUGCACGUGGGUAUGAUAGCAGGACUUGUUCCAGGGAACAGGAAACAUUCCAUGGUCUUAUCUUGUAACACUCUUCACGUGCCCCAUCCAGAAUUAAAACUAAGAAGAGAGUCUUACGCGAAAAGUGGUCCUAUUAUCCGAGUGACUGAUGAUGAACCUUCUUGUUCCUACGAUCCUGAUCCUCCGAGACCCUUGCAGCAAAAAUAUAUCGCUGAACCUGAGACAAAGGUUAACUUCGUUCUACCAACGACGCAUCAAAGACCGAUGUCUCAUCAGAAUUCCUGUGAGAAGAUCAAAGGGUCUCCAAGGUUCCCUCAUCGUAUAGCACCGUCAGCUGCUAAUAGUCUGAGCACCCUUGACACUCGAAGGAAGACCAGUGCUGACAGCGUGUUCAACAUAACUGCAAGGGUUUUUGAAGAACAGAGACGGUACAGCCAUCAGAAUGUCAGCCGUGAUGCCAAAGGGAAGUCUGUCUUAGAAAGCAGGUGGAAAUCCACUGAGGAUGCACGACCUGGUCCUUCGUCCAGGGACUAGAGGAACUAUGUAAGAUAUUGAUUAUACUGUGCCAUUAUAUGUGCCAAAGAUUUUCUUAGAUUUUUUGUAGAUUUGUGUGAAUAUAGUCGGAUAAUUUACCUUUAAGUACAUUAAAUAAACUAACAUAUUGUAUCAAGGUGGAAGUAGAGUCAAGGAAACAUAUAAUACCAAGAGAACAGAAAGCUGUAAGUACAUGGAGUGAAAUAACAUUACUUAUGAACUACAUUGAUACUUACAACACUUUUUAUAAGAUAACAUAUAACAUAAGUACCUAUUCAAACCAUUCUACAAGUAAAUAUUUACUUGGUAAUUUUGUCCUAACUAUUGUACUGUAAGUGAAAAUAGCUGAAAGUUUUUCAAUUUUAAAUAGUACAUAUACAAUACAAAACUUAGAUCAUGAAACUACAGUAGACAUUAGUUAAUAUUAGACUCGACAGAGAUUUUACACAUUUUUAAUAUUCACUUUUACUGAAACGAAAAUCACAUAUCUUUAGGUCCAAAUAAAGCCAUUUCAGUCCUACAUUUAAAGUUCAAAAAAUGGCAAUAUUAAUAGUUUUACAUUUAUACUAUAACCUACUUUAAAUCUAACGGAAUAAGUAUGCAUUUACACUAACACCGAAAUUAGAAACUACAAGUUACCUACCUAGUACCUAUUAUAAAUAAGGAUGACGACUAAAAUUGUUCAUAUCCAUCUGGUAGAUUAUUUUAAAGCAAUAGACAAAAACGUUCGAAGAUAUAUGGAAUAAAAAUAUCUUUUUAUAAUAACUA